GGCCAAGUGGUGUGCUCUUAUUCCUGGGAGCUGCCAUGGAGAUGGGUAAGAAGAGCCGGGCUCCUUCAGGCCAUGUGUGUGGGCAAAGCCCUGCAGCAUGCAGAAGCUGAAGAUCGUGACGAGACCCUCGGCACCUUCCUCCGCCUUUGAUCCCUGGGGACCCCCAUGGAUGGGGGUGUAAGGAGGAGCCUGCGCGAUUGGGGCUCCAGGACAUGCAAGAGAAGGAAACUGUCACCCCUGAGAGAGCAGAAGAGGCAAAACUGAAGGCCAAAUACCCCAACCUAGGCCAGAAGCCUGGAGGUUCCGACUUCCUCAUGAAGAGACUGCAGAAAGGGCAAAAAUACUUCGAUUCUGGUGACUACAACAUGGCCAAGGCAAAGAUGAAGAACAAGCAGUUGCCAAGUGCAGGGCCAGACAAGAACCUGGUGACAGGAGACCACAUCCCCACGCCACAGGACCUCCCGCAGAGAAAAUCCUCGCUUGUAACCAGCAAGCUGGCAGGGUAGCCUGUGCUCACAGGCUGGGUUUUUUCCUAUUUCCUUUUUUUGUUUUGGCUAAAUGGAUUGAACUUCACUGUACCAUAGGGAUGGGAGCACCAGAAUCCACAUAGUUAUUUGAGUAUUUACAGCAAACACACACUGAAACUGUGUUUCAGUGAGAGGCGAACAAGAGGUGUCAGUAGCCUGGGAUGCACAGGCAGAUUUGAUUGGGCCAUUCCCUUUAGCAAGUCAGUUUGCUGCCUUAAUUUUCAUGCUGUUUGAAACCAUCCUCGCUUGCAGAGCUACUGAUGCACUGCCUCCUUGCCUGGGAGUCAAGCAGCCCCAGGAGAAGCAGGAAAGUGCUCAGAGGAGUUGCUUGCGGUUUGCUUGGCGCCGGUAGGAGAGGAGAGCUCAGAGCUGUGGUGUGUGAAUGCUUUUCAGGUGUUGGGUGUCUGCAGGGGAAGAACUGGCUGGGCAAAAGGUGUGAUACAUGAUCUGGAAGUUUAAAUAGGUGUGUGCGUUAGAGCUUCUAAGUCAAGAAAUUAGCUGAUAUGCAAAAAAUUACAUGGCUGUGUUGCUGGGCUGAGCUGCCUGGGAUCUGUCCCCUGCUUGCACAAAGCAGCUGAGGUUGCAGGAGGGGACGAUGCAUCUGAUGGUUGCAGGAGAGGGGCCAGGCAGUGUUUGAAACAGUCCUUGUGGCUUGGAGCUGUGAUGGGGCAUUUGCUGUUUUGGGGGUAUAGCCCCACCACAGCUGCAUCCAAGUGCAAGGCACAGUGUGAGGCUUGCAGCUGCCCCAGAGGGUUUGUGGGCAGUUUCUGUCUCCCUGGUCACUUCUGGCCAGUGAUGCUGGCUGCCUUGGCAAGGGUGAGAGAUGGUGCCUCUCCCAGCUGCCAGGUAGGCAGCAAAGGUGGUGAGCUGAAUCCCGCCAGCAGCAGGGUGCUUGGCACGCAGGAGAGUGGCCAGACGGGCAGGCAGACCCCUGUCUGGUUGCAUGCAACCCAUGCCUGAUGCCCAGAGUUUUGUGCUUGCAAAGUAGGGGCCAGCAGCAGCCUGUGAGACAGAUGUGAGCUGUUAGAGCUGAUCUCUGAAGGGAGAGAGGCAGGACUGGGAAUAACCACCCCGGAAGGGAAAAAAGCACCAGAGACAGAGAUGAGGAAGAGAGGAGCAUAGAGGCAAACCUGUGUUGACAGUGUCAGGCACCCCAAGCUGGGGUUUCUUUCUUUUUUCUCCUUUUUUUUUAUUCCUCCUUUUCUU